GAACCUUUCUCUCCUUGUGAGGAACGGCUUUCCCCCCCACCCUUUCCUUUUCCCCCCUCCCUUAAUCAGAACCACUGAAUGAAAGCCAAUCAGAGAGAGACUUCGCCCCCCCCAUCCCCGUUUUCUUUGGUUCCCUGCGGUCCAGAGUUAAAAGUGACGCUGAGAGAAAGCUUGAGUUAGACCGAAGUAGAAUCAGUGAGAGAAAAUAACAGCAGAAAACAAACAAAAAGGGGACAGGGUGACAGUCUCUUCAGGGUUAUUUGGCUGGAACCAACUUCCGUUUUCCAGAAGCUGAUGAAACAAGCUCUUGGAAAUAUGUACAUAGCACUAAUGAAGUCUUGGAAACCAGUCGAGAUCUGAUACCAUAAACAGGACUACUUUUUCAUCAUCUACACUGGAAUUUUUCAAGAAGUAAACUAUGUCAAUCUAUUCGUUCUUGAGACUGUUUGUUCUCUGGGCAUGCCUGCCCCACUUCUGCUGUCCAGAAUUAACGUUCAGAAGGACUCCUGGGCUUCAGCAAAUGACUGCAGAAUCCCAUGUCCCAAGGGGUGAUGGUAAAAUCCUUCACCGUCAAAAACGUGGCUGGAUGUGGAACCAGUUUUUCUUACUGGAAGAAUAUACUGGAUCUGAUUACCAAUAUGUCGGCAAGCUUCAUUCAGACCAAGAUAAAGGAGAUGGAUCGCUCAAAUAUAUUUUGUCUGGAGACGGAGCUGGUACUCUUUUUAUUAUUGAUGAAAAAACAGGUGAUAUUCACGCCACACGAAGAAUUGAUAGGGAAGAAAAGGCCUUUUAUACUCUACGUGCACAAGCUAUUAACAGAAGAACUCUGAGGCCAGUUGAGCCAGAGUCAGAAUUUGUGAUCAAAAUCCACGAUAUCAACGACAAUGAGCCUACAUUCCCAGAAGAAAUUUAUACAGCCAGCGUUCCUGAAAUGUCUGUUGUAGGUACUUCUGUGGUGCAAGUCACAGCUACAGAUGCCGAUGACCCUUCAUAUGGAAACAGCGCCAGAGUCAUUUACAGCAUACUUCAAGGGCAGCCUUAUUUCUCUGUGGAACCAGAAACAGGUAUCAUAAGGACAGCUCUACCAAACAUGAACAGAGAGAACAAGGAACAGUACCAGGUGGUUAUUCAAGCCAAGGACAUGGGCGGUCAGAUGGGGGGUUUGUCUGGAACCACCACAGUGAACAUCACUCUCACAGAUGUCAACGACAAUCCUCCUCGCUUCCCCCAAAACACCAUCCAUCUGCGAGUUCUUGAAUCCUCUCCAGUUGGCACAGCUGUGGGAAGUGUAAAAGCCACCGAUGCUGACACGGGGAAAAAUGCCGAAGUGGAUUACCGCAUUAUUGAUGGAGAUGGCACAGAUAUGUUUGACAUUAUAACUGAGAAGGACACACAGGAAGGCAUCAUCACUGUGAAAAAGCCACUUGACUAUGAGAACCGAAGACUCUAUACUCUGAAGGUGGAAGCAGAAAAUACCCAUGUGGAUCCACGUUUUUACUAUUUAGGGCCAUUCAAAGAUACAACAAUUGUAAAAAUCUCCAUAGAAGACGUGGAUGAGCCUCCAGUUUUCAGUCGAUCCUCCUAUCUGUUUGAGGUUCAUGAGGAUAUUGAAGUGGGCACAAUCAUUGGUACUGUAAUGGCAAGAGACCCAGAUUCUACUUCCAGUCCCAUCAGAUUUACUUUAGAUCGCCAUACUGAUCUUGACAGGAUCUUUAACAUUCAUUCUGGAAACGGAUCACUUUAUACGUCAAAGCCACUUGAUCGUGAACUAUCUCAAUGGCACAACCUUACCGUCAUAGCUGCCGAGAUCAAUAAUCCUAAAGAGACAACUCGUGUGUCUGUUUUUGUGAGGAUUUUGGAUGUUAAUGACAACGCUCCACAAUUUGCUGUGUUUUAUGACACGUUUGUAUGUGAAAAUGCCAGACCAGGACAGCUGAUACAGACAAUAAGUGCAGUUGACAAAGAUGACCCCUUAGGUGGACAGAAGUUCUUCUUCAGUUUGGCUGCUGUGAAUCCUAACUUCACAGUGCAAGACAAUGAAGACAACACUGCCAGAAUUUUAACCAGAAAGAAUGGCUUCAACCGUCAUGAAAUAAGCACCUACCUACUGCCAGUAGUGAUAUCUGAUAAUGACUACCCCAUUCAGAGCAGCACUGGCACCCUGACGAUCCGUGUUUGCGCCUGUGACAGCCAGGGCAACAUGCAGUCCUGCAGUGCCGAAGCCCUGCUCCUUCCUGCUGGCCUCAGCACGGGCGCCCUAAUCGCCAUUCUUCUCUGCAUCAUCAUUCUGCUGGUUAUAGUAGUCCUCUUUGCAGCCCUAAAAAGGCAACGGAAGAAAGAGCCUCUGAUUUUAUCCAAAGAAGACAUCAGAGACAACAUUGUGAGCUAUAACGACGAAGGUGGCGGAGAGGAGGACACCCAAGCCUUUGAUAUUGGAACCCUGAGGAAUCCUGCAGCUAUCGAGGAGAAAAAGCUGCGGCGAGAUAUCAUUCCUGAAACGUUAUUUAUACCGCGGCGGACUCCUACGGCCCCGGAUAACACGGAUGUCCGGGAUUUCAUUAAUGAGCGCCUCAAAGAGCACGACUUGGACCCCACUGCGCCUCCCUACGACUCGCUGGCUACCUAUGCCUAUGAAGGAAACGACUCCGUUGCUGAAUCGCUGAGCUCCUUAGAAUCAGGAGCCAAUUGUUUCUCCAUAAGUUAUCUUCUUACCAAAUCGAAUUUAAUGCACAGGAGGAGAAAAAUAAUCACAUUCUAAGCAAUGUUGAAAGCCCUGACCAAAAUGAUAUGACAGGUAAGCGCUGCUCUUCUGCAAUACAUUCUUACACCGUAAUAUAUGCAAGCUUCUUCGUACCGAAAGCAUCUGUAAAUUAUAAGGCACUUAACAUUUAUCAUCUGGAAAAUUGACAAGAAUGGUGCUCUCACCCCUGAGCGGCAGAAUCAACCACACUCAGAUUUAAAUCAUUGCCCUUCUAGGUUCUUGUGCUCAAUAUAUGGGAGGUAGAGCAGUUUUAUCCCGUUCAUAUUUGCUAAGACAGUGUCUGGAAGAAUAAAACCUUUCCUCAUUUUUUUUUGAAUGACAUUUUUGCUCUUGGAGUUUAUAGGCAGAAUGAGAUCAAACAGUUCAGGCCGGAAUAUCAUUGACUGGAAUUAUACUUACCUCCCAUGGUGACUUUGAAAAUACCUGGUAAUGGCAGUAAUAACACAGAAUAUUCCAUUAAGAUGCAGCUUCCCAACCCACUUAUGUCAGCUUUCAGAGAUGCAUCACAUAUUGUUGUAACGUGUGUGUGUGUGUGUGUGUGUGUGUGUAAAAAGAAUAAUUUAGUAGAAAGCAAAAAAAUAAUUUUAAGUACAAACUUUAAAGUGCUGGUAAUUUUCCAUAAAAUGUUACUGAGAAUCCUGGGGGUGGGAACAAUAUUGUUCUUAAUUGUUCAAGUCCCACCGCCGCGUCAUUUGUAAAUGGAAUACUUUAGUUGCAGAAGCAGAAGUCACAAUCGCUGCUGACUAUGUUGUAAACAAUACCAAAGAUUCAUGUGCUAAUUAGUGAAAAUGCUCUAUGAUUUGAAUAGGUCUGUGUGCUAUGUUAAUAUAUCCUUAUUACAAAAUUAAUCAUUUCAAUCUAUGGUGUUUUUAUUCUAACUUCAAGGCUGAAGGGCCCACACCACUCUACCAACAACUACUUCAGUUUGUAUAAUAGUCUGAUUAUGAAAGAGAGACAACCCAUGAGGCCCAAUUAAAAUCACAGCCAAGUAGUGCUAAAAACACAUCAGGCUGAAUAUUAACACUUAGUAUGACAGAACUCACUAAUAUAUAUCAUAAGUUGGCUUUCAAAAGCGACUAAGUUUAAGGAAUGGAACUUUUCUCCUUUGUACCGAAUUGAAAUGAGGAACAUGUUGUUUCCUGGCAAGAUCAGUCAUUAAAAAUAGAUGAAGUUGACAAAGCAAAAGGAAAACAAAGGCCUCUGAACAUCUCAAAUUGGUCAUAAUUUAAAAUACAAUUUUUGUUAGAAUUAUUUCUACCUUUCCACACAAGUAGCUCCUUGAGUCAAUAUUAGAUGUCAAUAAAGUAAUUCUUGUGUCUAUAAUGUAAUUCUUAGGUGGAGACUUUUAAUUAUCUUCUUUCAGAAAUGUCAAGUGACACCAAAUUAUUCUGGCAUUUACUUAAUCAUCCAUUAUUUUGAAAAUCGGGAGUUGCAACAGUGAUCUCUAGUAUAACCCAAAUCAGUUUCAGAAAUGUUUUUCAUUAGGAUAGGUGGGCAGGCUUAUGUGUUAUUUUCAGAGAAAUUGGUCAAUAGCAGAUACUCCAAUAUUGUUGUUAAUGACAAUGGUAUGUUAAGGUUAUUUCUUGGUUGCCAUGGAAUUCAAAUCAUAAGUUUUAAAGAUCUAUUUAAUGUUUCUCAGUCACCCUUUGGUAUUGUGCUUGCCCAAUAGAAUUCCCAGUACACUCAUUAUCCCAGCAUUAGUGUUCUGUAUUGAUGGAGCUACUGUCUCUCAAAAUAUUAUUGAUGUAAAUGAACCAAUGUAGUUUUUUCAUUUCUUCAUUUAUAUAUAACGUCAAUAUAAAUUGUUUAUUGAGCAUCUAUUAUAAAUAUAUACAAAAACCAGGAAUGUUCUGAAACCCAGAGGUGUAAUAAAUUAUAUAUAAUUCUUCUAAUCAUAAGUGUGUAUUUAUUUUACUUACAAAGAUAAGAGAUGGGAAAAGCUAUGUUGAAAUGAAGACCACUGAGCUUACAAUAAAUUAUCUAGCUCUUAAAAUUAA